GUGGCGUUGUUCGGGCGAGCCGACGACGAGACCGAAGCUGUCUGGAAAUUUGUCUCGUGGGUUAGACUCAAACGUUUUCUUCAUAUUAGGUAAUUUUUUGUUCGUGCGACAAGUUAAUCGCUCCACAUUUUAACACACGCCACUUUUAGUGUCCCGAAUUAGAUUGGACAAUGGCUGCCGCUGAGGUAAACGGCAGCUCUGCCACGCCUAAGGAAGAAGAAGAGCCCAUGGAUGUGACAACAACACACACAGAGAAUUACCAGACGCUCAUUGACGCCGGGCUGCCCCAGAAAGUGGCUGAAAGUCUAGAUAACAUCUUCCAGACAGGGUUGGUGGCCUAUGUUGACCUCGACGAAAGGGCCAUAGAUGCACUGCGUGAGUUCAAUGAAGAGGGCGCGCUUACUGUGCUGCAGCAAUUCAAAGAGAGCGACCUGUCCCACGUACAGAAUAAAAGUGCUUUCCUUUGUGGAGUCAUGAAGACUUACAGACAGAGAGAAAAACAAGGAAGUAAAGUACAAGAGUCCACCAAGGGCCCAGAUGAGGCGAAAAUAAAGGCUCUGUUGGAGCGGACAGGAUACACCCUGGAUGUCACCACAGGACAAAGGAAAUAUGGAGGUCCCCCACCUGAGGAUGUGUUCAAAGGAACACAACCAGGGAUUGGAACUGAGGUGUUUGUCGGAAAAAUUCCAAGGGAUUUGUAUGAAGAUGAGCUGGUGCCGCUCUUUGAGUCUGCAGGUGCCAUCUGGGACCUCAGGCUAAUGAUGGACCCUCUCUCUGGUCAGAAUAGAGGUUACGCCUUCAUCACAUACUGCAAUAAAGAUGAUGCACAAAAGGCUGUAAAGCUUUGUGAUAACCAUGAAAUCCGCCCUGGCAAGUACUUGGGAGUGUGUAUAUCUGUUGCAAACAAUCGCCUGUUUGUUGGAUCAAUUCCAAAGAACAAGACAAGGGAAAGUAUAUUGGAAGACUUUGGCAAAGUAACAGAGGGUCUCCAAGAGGUGAUAUUGUACCACCAGCCAGACGACAAGAAGAAGAACCGUGGCUUCUGUUUCCUGGAGUACGAGGAUCACAAGUCCGCAGCACAGGCUCGUCGCCGCCUGAUGAGCGGCAAGGUCAAGGUGUGGGGAAACCCAGUCACUGUGGAGUGGGCCGACCCUGUUGCUGAGCCAGACCCGGAGGUCAUGGCCAAGGUCAAGGUGCUCUUUGUUAGGAAGCUGGCCACAGCAGUGACAGAAGAGCUUCUUGAAAAGACUUUCUCUCAGUUUGGAAAGUUGGAGCGAGUGAAGAAAUUGAAAGACUACGCUUUUGUUCAUUUUGAAGAAAGGGAUGCUGCCGUAAAGGCGAUGGAUGAGAUGAACGGGAAGGAGCUGGGAGGAGAAGAAAUUGAGAUCGUCCUGGCAAAGCCCCCAGACAAGAAGAGGAAAGAGCGCCAAGCAGCUCGGCAGACCACCAGGAAUGCAGGGUAUGACGACUACUACUAUUACCCUCCUCCUCGCAUGCCGCCACCAGGCCGAGGCAGGGGUCGUGGUGGCCGAGGGGGCUAUGCCUAUCCUCCAGAUUACUAUGGAUAUGAUGACUACUAUGAUGACUACUAUGGCUACGACUAUCAUGACUACCGUGGUGGCUAUGAAGACCCUUACUACGGCUACGAAGAUGUGUACAGCAUGAGGGGCCGCGGCACUCGUCCCAGCAGGGGGGGGCCUCCUCCACCUAGAGCUCGUGGAGCGCCCCCAGCACGAGGCCGCGGGGGCUAUGCCCAAAGAGGGCCACCCCUUGGUGGUCCAAGGGGUGGCCGAGGAGGGCGGGGAGCCCCUUUCCAGCCACAGAGGGGCCGCGGUCCUCGCGGGGCCAGAGGCAACCGUGGUGGUAACGUCGGCGGAAAGAGGAAGGCAGACGUGUUUAACCAGCCUGACUCCAAGCGCCGCCAGACCAACAACCAACAGAACUGGGGGUCCCAGCCCAUCGCCCAGCAGCCCCUGCAGCAAGGGGCCGACUAUUCCGGUAACUAUGGUUACAGUAAUGACACCAUGGAGUUUUCACAGGAUUCUUAUGGGCAGCAGUGGAAGUAGAUGCACCCAAAGGUAUUUGGCAACAAAAAAAGAGAAAAACAACAAUAAAAAGAAAAAAAAAAACAAAAACAAACAGGAGAUUGGCCACAAUUUUUUGAUUGACUUUUUAUUCUUCACCCCUCAUGAAAAAAAAAUCUGUAUAUAUCGCCAAAAAAAAACGGACAGACCCCAGAAUUGGCUCGACAUGAUUGGCUGGAAAGCCUUUUGGCUGAAGAAGUGAACGUAACCGUUGUGGUGAAUCAUUUCUUACUCCCACGGUUACAUUGGGACAUGUGUCUUAAAAAAAAACAAACAUACACACAAAACACUUUUAUUGUUACGUUUUGUUCCUGAUUCUUUUAAAGCCAACAAUGAACAUUUACAAAAAAAAGAAAAAAAAAAGUGGACAUUCAUUCUCAAAAGUCUGAGAGGACAUUAAAUAAUGACAUUGCCUUGCAGGAAGUUUUUGUCCAUGCCCCCUUUCCUCCUUCCCCUUCUUGUACUCCCUUUAUUUGUGGUUUCUCAUAGUUGCUUAGGGACUUGCUUGUAAAUAAAUGCAUAUGGUUAGAGCUUCAUACUUCAUUUUUUGCAAUGGUGGAGAAAAGAAUCCACAGGAAGGACGAAAUCAAAGUUUUGUAAUGUUCAAAGUGUAUGCCUAGCAUUUCUAGAGGUAGACAAAUUGUGUUUUUUUAAAACUGAUACCAUAACUUCCUAUGUUUUCUUUGAACUUGCCCAAUAGAAUUUGGUUUGGCUUACCUUAAGAGCCAUAGCAGUUUGUUCUGAUGUUCUUUGUAUUUAUAACUUUUACGUUUGUUCCGUUUCAAUAAAACUCAGCUGAGCAUCAGUCAAUUGUCA